AUGCGUCGAGAAGAAAACUUAGCUUUUAUCACAUCCAAACGACCCGCAACAACUCUUGGUCUUAUUCCAAAAAAUCGUAUUUAUUCCGAAGAACAAAUGCGCGGUGCAUUAAUAUUUUCCGAUACGGAUUCUCGUCGUCAAAUAACUGUUUCAGGUAUGGGUGAAUUUUCGUUACCACCUGAUCGAGUUAAAUUAAUUGUCAUUAUUACAAGUACAAAAUCAAAUGCUAAUGAAGCUAAAACAAGUGUUGAACGUCGACUAAAAUAUGUCGAACAAACCCUACGAAACUAUGGAGUUAAAGACGCCGAUAAAUCGAUUGCUAGAUCUGUAACACGUCGUGACACAAUGUUUGAAGCUAUGACUGAAAUAACAGCAAUAUUUGUUGAUAUACAAUGUUAUCAAAAUUGUCAUAAUAUAUUAGUUGAAAAGCUCGAUGCACCUGUUGUACGUGUUCUUGAUCCAGUAUUUUCUCAUUCAACACUUCGACUUGAAAAUAUCAAACGUCAAGCAAGUGUACAAGCCGUUCGUAAUGCUAAACAUACAGCGGAAGAUAUCGCUCGAACAGUUGGUCUUCAUGUUGCAAAAGCCGUACAGAUAACCGAAGAAAACUACCAAGAAAAAGAAGGUGCCCUAGCUGUUUCCGGGCAACCCACAUCAUUUCAAAAUUUAAUUGAUGCAAAAACAAUAGUUGUACAUGUAACAUUGAAUAUUACAUUUGAACUUAAAGCAAAAGAACGGCAACGUAAAAAAAAUAAUGCACAAUAA